AUGGACAGGUCAACCAUUUCCCAAGAGGACUGUUUGCAUGGGAUAGAUGACUAUUUCGAGCAUCUUUAUCCGCUCCCUUCAUACGCCUUCUUGCAUGAGCAGUCGAUUCGCCAACAGCACCAGAGCAAUGCUCUAGAGCCGUCACUUGCAUUGUCCAUUACGGCAGUGGCGAAGGUGCUCCUAUCAGAUCAGCAAGAGAGCGAGAUGAUUGCAAAAGCGGAAUCAAUAAUAUGGGAGCACAUAGAAAGACCUUCUAUCGUGAAGCUCCAGUCCUUGUCGCUUGUUAUACACUAUCGCAUACAGACAGGUCAAUUUUCACGGGCUUAUAUGCUCGCCGGAUUGGCAGCACGAGCUGCCACUGCAUUACGCCUUAAUUAUGAGCGACCAGAACUGUCUGUUAUUGCCCAAGAGACCCGGCGACGAGUUCUGUGGGCGUUGACAUUCAUCGACGGGUAUUUCUCCGUGGGCCUGCCAGAAUACGAGACCAUACCACACACAAUAAUCUAUCAGCAACUACCUUGUUCAGAGGACAUCUUCAACGGAAGCUCAAAUCAAGAAACCCAGCUUAGUCUACUGGGCGCUUGCAUUCGACUUUCCAAAGUGCAGAAAGAUAUCAUGCGCUUGACUCGACAGCUGGCGCUAUCUGAGCAACCUCUGGCACAAUUGAAUGGUCUAGUCCAGGAGAUCCAGAAGGAUCUAUGGCGCCUCCAAGCAGAAGUUGAACUGUCGUGUGGGUUCCUCAUAUGCCGGCCACAUGAGAUAGAAAACUCACGCUGGUUUCCACGGCACCUGCAAAUCUCCAUUUCGUGGCACCAAGCGCAUUGCGACCUGUAUCGGCUGUUCCUCCCUGGAUAUCCCGAAGCGGCACCAAGGAUAAUUCUAGAUACCAUAGAGAUUGAUGUGAGAGAGCAUGCAGUUCGCCAAUGCCACGAGCACGUCUCACAGAUCAAUCAACUGCUUGCUGGCUUGUUGGACAUUUCACAGUUAGUUCUGCCGCACUACGUUGCCAUCUGUGCAUACCAGACAACGCGGCUUACCCUGUUCCUAUAUUGCUCGCCAGAUGUGAGUUUGGGGUUGGAUAUGGCUGAUGCUGUGCGGUGUGCUCACACUGCUGUUGCUGUUGCCGAGAUGUAUUUCUCGUCGCCGAGUACAAAGGAGCUUCUUGUGGAUCUAAAAAGGCUUGUGCAUACAGCAGACACCGAUCCUGUAUCGAUAUACUCGAAUUUUUAUCCUUCACCUCCGUUGGAUCAAGGCGUUCACAGGCAUAACCAUUUGGCGAUCCAUAGUUUGGUCCGACAAGCUAAUUUCGUGGAUGAGGGUUAUGAGGAAUCGGGUUGA